AUGGCUUGCCAUGUACGAGAUGAAGAUGUUACCAGAAGAUGGUUUACACCAGCUAUGCUGUUAGAACAACUGCCCCAUUUGAAAACAGUAAUAGACCUCACCAACACCAACCGAUAUUACAAUAGCGAAGAAGAAUUCAGGACAAAGGGCAUCGACCACGUUAAAAUCCUGGUUGACGGCAAGGGUAAAAUUCCGCCCAAAUGGCAGAUUCAGAGAUUUUUUGACGCCAUGGACACCCACAUGAACAAGUAUGCGGACAUCACUGAUUCUUUAAUUGGAGUUCACUGUACGCAUGGCUUAAAUAGAACCGGCUACUUUAUUUGUCGUUGGAUGGUCGAACGUUUAAGGAUGAAUCCCGAUGAGGCUAUUCAACGCUUUAAUCAGGCUAGAGGCCACAAUAUCGAACGAGAACCUUUGCUGAACCACAUACGAUCAGAAUAUCUACUAUCAUUUCCGCCCACCAGGCAACCUCCUCCUCAAUUUCGAAGCAACAGGUAUUAUUCUCCUCUUGAUAGCGCUGAAUAUGAUGAAGUUCCAAACGGAAGCAGAUUUAGUCGUCCUAGAGACCAUAGAGGAUACAAUGAUACAAAAUAUGGAAAUAAUAAUAGAGCACAUCGUAGAAGAGGAGGCCGUAAUGAUGGAAAUAAAUCCGAUGAUAACACGAACUGGAGUCUCCGUGAUGAUGAUCAAAAUCAAGUCAGGCACUUCAAGAACUUUCAUAGGCAAAAUCGUAAGUAGAUCAAAUAAUAGAAACUGAACUGGGUUCUUAUUCUUGAAACAGGGGAGCAGCGUUCCCGGGAGAACGAGUGUCCCGUCUUUCUCAAUGAUAUGCAAAUGAUAAUAUGAG